AGUCGGCGUGUAAAUAGUGGCGUGCAGGAUGUCCAUACCAUAGUUUUUCAAAGUCGUAAGUGGGAGAAAUACUGAUUUAGGUUCCGAUGUGACCGUUAAAAGUCUCAUAUAUAUUUAUCACAGCCAUGAAACUGUACAGGUCACUUUGCGAUGUUGCCAAGUUUCGAAGCACUUUCGAUUUUGGAGGACGAGAAGUGGCUCACUGGUUCCCUGGACAUAUGGCCAAAGGGCUGAAGCAGAUGAGAGCCAGUUUGAAGGGUGUGGAUUGCAUCAUAGAAAUACACGAUGCUCGAAUUCCCUUCUCUGGAAGAAACCCUGUGUUUCAGGAGACGCUGGAUGUCAAACCACAUCUGCUUGUUCUUAACAAGAUGGACCUGGCUGACCUGUCAAAAAGACAGAGGAUCCUGAAGGAGCUUGGUAGAAGUGGCAUGAAAAAUGUUCUGUUCACUGACUGUCUAAAACAAAGAGACGACAACGUCGCCAAGGUGGUGCCGACAGUGCUGGAAAUGAUAACAAACUCAAACCGCUUUCACAGAGAAGAGAGUCACAAUUAUUGCCUAAUGGUAAUUGGAGUGCCCAACGUGGGAAAAUCAUCACUCAUCAACUCCCUAAGAAGGACUCAUUUGAAAAAAGGCCGCGCGUCUCGAGUUGGUGGAGAGCCUGGUAUCACUCGAGCAGUCCUCACCAGGAUUCAGGUUUGUGAACGCCCCAUAAUGUACCUGUUGGACACACCAGGAGUCUUGCCCCCCAAAAUAGAAAGUUUGGAGACAGGGAUGAAGCUAGCGUUAUGUGGAACUAUCCUGGACCAUUUAGUGGGUGAGGAUGUCAUCGCUGACUACUUGCUCUAUUCUCUGAACCGGCUUAAAAAUUUCAGUUACAUUGAAAAAUACAACCUGGAAGAGCCUAACGACAACAUCCAAUAUGUCCUCAAGCACAUAGCUGUGAAGCUUAAGAAGACUCAGCGCGUCAAAGCUCUCACUGGAGUGGGCAACAUUAACGUCAUCGUACCCAACUAUCCGGCAGCGGCGUACGAUUUCAUCCGAGCUUUUAGAAAAGGAGAGCUGGGCCAAGUGAUUCUGGACUAGAAGGACACAUUUUAAUGGAUGCACCUGUAUAUUUGGACAUUUGUAAUUAAAAUCCUUCAAGAUCUGA